GCGGGCGCGCUGCCCCCUAGCGCCGGGGCGCGGGAUGUCGGGCGGGGAGGAGGCCGAGGCCGAGCCGGGGGCCGGAGGGGCGAUCCCCGCCGCCCCGUCCCCGCCGGCGGAGGAAGGGGACACGCGGCAGCGCUACGAGGAACUCUGCAGCAGCCUGAACAUGGACGAGCGCGCCCGCUCCGAGGCCUGGCUCAGCUACCAGAGCAUGAAGCGCAACUACACGCUGGAGGGCAACGAGCUGCACUGGCUGGCGUGUGCCCUCUACGUGGCCUGCAGGAAAGCCAUCCCGACCGUCAGCAGGGGCACGGUUGAGGGUAAUUACGUAUCCCUGACCCGCAUUUUGCGCUGCUCCGAACAAAGCUUGAUUGAGUUUUUUAACAAGAUGAAGAAAUGGGAAGACAUGGCAAACCUACCCUCCCAGUUCCGAGAAAAGACUGAAAGACUGGAGAGAAACUUUACAGUUUCUGCAGUAAUUUUUAAGAAGUAUGAGCCCAUUUUUCAGGACAUUUUCAGAUACCCUCAGGAAGAUCAACCCCGUCAACAGAGAGGAAGAAAACAGAGGCGACAGCCAUGCACAGUGACUGAAGUUUUCCAGUUUUGCUGGGUGCUGUUUGUUCAUGCAAAAGGUAAUUUUCCCAUGAUCAGUGAUGACUUGGUCAAUUCCUAUCAUCUCUUGUUAUGUGCUUUGGAUCUAGUGUAUGGAAAUGCUCUCCAGUGCCCUAACCAUAAGGAACUUCUGAAUCCCAAUUUUAAGGGCCUGCCUGAAGACUUUCAUAGUAAGGACUAUAAAGUAUCAUCUGAUCCUCCCUGCAUCAUUGAAAAACUGUGUUCGUUACAUUACGGAUUGGUUUUAGAAGCAAAAGGCAUAAAGGAGCAUUUUUGGAAGCCAUACAUUCGGAAACUUUUUGACAAGAAGCUUUUAAAAGGAAAAGAUGAAAGUCUGACUGGAUUUCUAGAUCCUGGAAACUUUGGAGAUAGCUUCAAAGCCAUCAACAAGGCCUAUGAGGAGUAUGUUUUAUCAGUAGGAAAUCUCGAUGAGCGAAUAUUUCUCGGGGAAGAUGCAGAUGAAGAAAUUGGAACUCUCACACGGUGCUUAAAUACACCCUCAGGAAUGGAAACAGCUGAGCGAGUACAAGUGAAGCAUAAUUUACAGCAACACUUUGACAGAUCUAAAUCACUUCGGAUGACGACUCCCCUCACUGGCCGCAGGUACAUGAAGGAGAGCAACCCCUAUGUGACACCUGUUUCCAUAGCGACCUACAGCUUGAGCCGCCUUCACACCAUGCUGGCAGGGCUGAAGAAUGCCCCCAGUGAAAAUCUGGAGCAAAUCUUCAGGGCAUGUUCCAGAGAUCCUUCACAGUCUAUUGCAAGCAGAGUAAAAGAAAUGUAUGAAGUAUAUUGCCAGAGCAUGCAGUCUGAAGAAGAACUGAGUAACUUAUCCAAAGAUGUGGCCAGCAAGCAUUUUCGUCGUGCUGAGGUUCUCUACUACAAGGUUUUGGAGUCGGUCAUUGAGCAAGAGAGGAGGAGACUGGGAGACGCAGAUUUAUCUGCAGUACUGGAGCAAGAUGUGUUUCAUCGCUCUCUGCUGGCGUGCUGCCUUGAGAUUGUCACCUUCACAUACAAGCUACCUGGAAGCUUUCCCUUCAUCACUGAAAUAUUUGACAUUCCAGUUUAUCACUUUUAUAAGGUAAUUGAGGUUUUCAUUAGAGCAGAAGAUGGCCUUUGUCGGGAAGUUGUAAAACACCUUAAUCAUAUUGAAGAACAGAUCUUGGAAAGCAUGGCCUGGAAACAGGAGUCCAUAUUAUGGGACAGAAUCAGAGAGAAUGACAACAAAGUUCCUAGCUGUGAAGAGGUCAUGCCACCUCAGUAUUUUGAGAGAUCUGCUGCCAACAGUGUUGUGGGUUCUCCAUUGACACCAAGACGACUAAAUGAGGUCCGAGCUGAAACCGGAAGCCUCGGAAAAGGCAUUUCAUCUUCUCCUACUACCCUGUAUGACAGAUACAGCUCUCCAACAGCCCAUCCUACAAGAAGAAGGUUGUUUGUUGAUAAUGAUAAUACCUCUGACAAUGGAACUCCAGUCAGAGUUUCCCAGCAGCCCGUGGUAAAUACGGUGCCUGUGCAGAAUGUGAAUCCUGAAGCAGUGUCAGUAACUCCAGUGCCCGGCCAGACAUUGGUUACAGUAGCAACCGCCACUGUAACAGCCAAUAAUGGGCAAACUGUGACCAUACCUGUACAAGGUAUCGCCAAUGAAAAUGGAGGAAUAACUUUCUUCCCAGUGCAGGUGAAUGUAGGGGCCCAGCCUCAAGCUGUCUCUGGCUCCAUUCAGCCCCUCAGUGCCCAGGCUCUCACGGGCACUUUGAGCACUCAGGUGUCAGGGGCAACACUGCAGCUCCCAGGACAGGUCACUGUUCAGCACAUCACCUCUGGAGAGCCGAGACCAGCCCAGCAGCUCACUGCUGCCACAGCCGCUCGGUCCCGGAAGAUGGGCUCACUUUCCCUCUUCUUUAGAAAGGUGUAUCAUUUAGCUAGUGUUCGUCUGCGGGAUCUCUCUGUCAAACUGGAUAUAUCUGAUGAGCUGCGGAAAAAAGUCUGGACAUGUUUUGAGUAUUCCUUAAUGCACUGCCCUGAAAUCAUGAUGGACAGGCAUCUGGAUCAGCUGCUGAUGUGUGCUAUCUAUGUUAUGGCUAAGGUUACAAAGGAAGACAGGUCGUUUCAGAACAUUAUGCGCUGCUACCGGACACAGCCACAAGCCAAGAGUCACGUGUACCGGAGUGUCCUGAUAAAAGGCAGGAGACGCCGCCGCCAGUCUGGCAGCAGUGAUAGCAGCAGCCAGCAGAACUCACCUACAGAAAGAAAUAAGGAGAGAAGUAAAGAAAGAACUAGCAGAGACUCCAGCCCUGUGAUGCGCUCCAGCAGCACCCUGCCUGUGCCACACCCCAGCAGUGCUCCUCCUACUCCCACCCGCCUGACCGGGGCAAACAGCGAUACGGAGGAGGAAGAGCGAGGAGACCUCAUACAGUUCUACAACAGCAUCUACAUCGAGCAGAUCAAAGAAUUUGCCCUGAAAUAUACUUCAAAUGGGACGGACUCCCCUCCACUCUCACCCUAUCCCUUUGUGAGAAUUAGCUCUCCUCGUAGAGUACAGCUGUCUCAGAACCACCCGGUGUACAUCUCACCACACAAAAAUGUGUCUGCUCUCUCUCAUCGAGAGAAAAUAUUCUAUUAUUUCAGCAGCAGCCCAUCUAAGAGGCUAAAGGAAAUUAACAGCAUGAUUAGAACAGGAGAAACCCCAACAAAGAAGAGAGGCAUUCUCUUAGAAGAUGAUAGUGAAGCACCAGCUAAGAGAAUCUGUCAGGAAAACCACACUGCUCUGUUACGCCGCCUGCAAGACGUAGCCAACGACCGAGGGUCCCACUGAGUGCAGGGGCUCAGCACAGGUAGGCCCUCUCUGCUGCUGCGCCAGCCUGGCAGCUCAGAGCAUCCCAUGGACUCACCGAGGCUGCGCAGGCGUCAGGCUUCUCCUGCCAGCCCACGGUGAGCAAUCCCUGCUGGGCUGUGCCAAGCCUCUGCCUGCAAGAGCUUCCCCAGUGCCAGGGAUGGGGAGGAUGCGUUCUGAACUCUGCAGCUCCACUCUGCCUGUUUUAAAGCUGAUCAGAAGGCAAGUGACCUACCUGCAGGCGUUGGCUUCAGAAGGCAGUUCAAAGCUUUUAUUGCUUGGAGAAUGCAUCCCUAAUACAGCUUUCUACCUUGCAACAGGUAUUUAAAUCUAUUUGCUCAACCAGUCUACUUACAGUGUUUUCAUCAAUGCUUGACCAUUUUCAGCUUUGUAAUAGGAAGUUGCAUAUAUAUCAAACAUGGGAGCACUGUACCAAGGCACUCAUAGUCAAAUGUGUCCUUCUGGAGAAAAAAAAGAAAAAAAAAGGAAAACAUAAACAUUAAUGACUGCCAUAAAAAUAAUCAUUUAUAAGUAAUAGUCUAGCAACGUCCAGUUUUUUCUGCUUGGAAAGGGAAGAUAGGAAUAAGCUUUUUGAGAGCUGAAGGAAACUAUCUGAAUGGAUUCUGUAUGUAUUCAGGAUGCUUUGUGUGCCUGCAAAUCCACCACACUGUUUUGCUUUAACAUUUGGGCACCUUGUUGUAUAGAAGUAGCUAACUCCAUUUAUACAUUGUCUUUAGCUGUGCAAUGUUUUCAAGUGAACUCGUGUUCAAAAGGUGGCACUUUUGUGAAGCAUCAGUUUUAAGGCAGAUUAGUUUUGCUGUAUAUUUGCAAUGGCACUUUCUAAAUGUGAAUAUCUUUUUCAAGGCUGACUUCAGCCAUUUUUCUUAAUGGACGCAAUCCAAUUUUGUAUUUAUUUUCAAAUUGCCAUCCCACAGCUCUCCUUCUUCAGCAAAUGGCAUUAAGAAUUCAUUUUAACUGCAUGCAGUAACAAAUGCAGGAGGUCAGGGAUGUGGGCUUUGGUCAAGAAAUUUUAUAUGCUUGUGUUGUUUCUUCAGAUUGCUCUGCUUGAGAGUCAGGAAUCAGCCCUCACUUCCUCAAUAGAAGGAAGGUGGCCUCAAUCUCUUAAAGAUGCACACUGUGCUUCUGCAGUGGUUUUAAAGGACAGAGGGAGAGGUUUUUUGUUUUUUGUUUUUUAAUGGACAGAAUCAGGCUGCUUGGGAGAAAUCUCUCUCCUGCUAAUGGUAUAAGAAAGCAAUGCAUAUAUUAAUUAGACCUACUAAUUGUUUCCAUUUAAAUUAAUUCUAAAAUACCAACCUUGGUGGUAUGCUCAGAUCUUUCCUACUAAUUAGUGCCCUAUGCCAACUUACUCAUCUUUAAUGACAACUGGGGACAACGUUGUUGUUCUUGUAAAAUUUAGCACACGCAGAUGCUAGAAGAUUUUAUAAGGAAGCAGAACUGAAAAGCUCAGUGUUCUCAUUCAUCGCUGCUCCUUUGAAUAAUGGGAAGAUGUACGGCUUAAUUCCACAGUAAAAUCAGUUAAGGUAAAAUAAAAGCAUCUUUUGUUCUUACCUGUGUAAGAAGGCCUGAAGUCAAGCAGUGGUGUAGAUGUUUCUGUAAAAAUAUUUAUGAACUUGUCAGACAAUUCUUGUUAUUCUGUACCAUUUACAUUAAUUUGUAUGAAAAUAUUGCAAGUGUAUUUUUCAAUAAAGAACUCAUAAUAAGACUUGUGUGAAAAAAGCUUCAUACGGGCAAAGCUACACUCAGUGUGCAUCUGUCAAAGGCUCGGGCUGCCCUGAUGGCACAAAUACCAAAAUAGCACAUGGCUGGGUGCUACCAGGCACACGAUGUACUUAAUCACAAGAACCUCAGUCAGAUAUUAGCAUUAAGGGUGUCAGGUAACAGGGCAAUGUUUCAUUAACUACUCACUCCAAAAAAAAAAAAAAUUAUUCUUACCUCAGUUUAAGUCAUAGUUUUAAAGUGUUCCCUGCUAGUAUUCCAUUUCUCUUUCUGAAAUAUUCUUUACAGAAAUCAGAAUUAUAAGCAUUACAUUUCUAAGUGUUUUUAAAAUGCUACUUUAGACAAAUAUUGACGGAGACUCAAACAUUUGCAGUCCAUUUUUCAUGAAAUGACUUCCAGCCGUAAUAGGAAAGGUAACAGCUAAGUGCUGGAGAAAAGGAUUUGGUACCAAAGUGCAUUUUGGUGCUGUCUGCCUACCUUGCUCCUGGAACAGCUCCUUUUUGUACAUGAACUGCUUACAGGUGAUCUGUUAUUCUUCUCCUCUUCCCUUUUUCAAUCUAAAAAAAAUAUGCCAUUUACUAAUUUUGAACUAGAAAUAAAUUCAGCAUUCUUUAAACAUAUAAAAUUAUUUUCUCAUAAGUAAACUGCUAUUAACAUGGGUUUCACUAAGAAAUCCAGACUGCCCUCAAAGAAACAAAACUUGCUCAAAUAACCAUUAUUUCAGCUCCUUUCUUGUUAUUGCUUUUCCUUUAAUUGUGGUCUUUUCUAAACCCCAGCAACGAUCAGACAUAACUGUAACCACAUCUCUGAAUUGAUGUGAGAUGGUUACAACUAUUCUGAAUGGCCAUCAAUUUACUGCAUGUGUUCCCUGUCCAACCCCAUGGUAACUUGGGGUUUAUACGCCAUCGGGAAUUAAGCUUUCCAUGCUGAAAUGACAGAGCAUCCCACAAUUAGAAGGGAUUGAACUUCCACGCAAGCCCUUCAGUUAAGCCGCUUAGGAAAUCAGUACCUGAAUAAUGAUCAAGGUAACUAAAAAGGAACACUGCAGUUCUGUGCUCUGCUUCUGACUCCCUGCCUCGCUGUUCCAUUGUGCUCAGUCCAAAUUCUAGGCCUAUUUUCUGUUCCACAUGAGUCCCUGCUUCACUAAAUAUCACAAACACUGAAUGUGAAGCAUGCGACUUUCAGCCUUCCCAAGAAAAGAGAACUAAGAGCAGCAGGAGAAUGAACGUUCACAGUAUUUGAGUAGCUACACCACAGGCCAGUACAGUAGCUCACAGAAAACCUUUCCUUGAAACAUAACCACGACUUAACACGUAAUACAGCUCACCUUCCAGAUCAGUUACUCCAAUCCUGUCUUCUAGUAGAAGUUCUGAAGAGUCUUCUGACAGCCCCAACACGCCUGGUGCUUACCUGCCCCGUCAGACACAGGCCAGCAGGGUUACUAAAGGAGAAAUCUAACCAUGGUGAGUGACACUAGGGUGUCUUUUCUUUCUGCAUUGAGUUACAAGGAAUUUAGCCAUUCCUUUCACAAGUCCAGUGCUGCUUUAACCUCCUCUUCAAGUACACAGUACGCCAUUCUAGAGACUUCCCUAGCAGAAAAGCUGCAGGACAGCAGUCGUGCUUCACUGCCUGAACUUAUUUGCUAGAAAGGGGCACAUGCAUACUUACAACGGAACACAUGCAAUGGACCACAAAGUGAAACAAACAUACUGAAGUGAAAUCUUCAGUAUUAUCAGGCAUUUUCUCCCUGUAAUGCAAAUAACAACAGCCAGAGACAUUUUCCCCACCCAGCAAGAAAAUCAGCUGCACUGCGAUUAAAGAGACAGGUUAUACAGCAACAAAACAUUUUCCAAGCGUUAAGCCAGUUGUCAGUCAGUUCAACCCCCAGUCCCAGAAAUAAUCUCAGAUUUAAACUGUAGCUGCUGUGAGCACUGCCCCACACAGAGGCUGGGAGAGAACACCCACGUCUCUGCACACUGAAGUGCUGGAAAGGCACUAGAUGGACACAAGCUACCUCUUACUCCCUUCGUAACAAUACAAAUUACAAAGCACAGCAGUAAUUAAGAGAUACUAAGAUACCUAAAAGCACUGGAGAGACGAAGACGAGAACAGUUGAGCUCCUGCUCAGUGAAGAUCCUGGGGAGCAGCGACCACAGCCACGUUGAGGUGACCCAGGAGCUGCACUAGCCCCUGGCACAGGGGACACCACAGCUGCCACCAGGACACACAGCCAGUGCUGCAGCUGGGGCAGGUGCUCAGCCUUCCAGACCACAGGAUUUUCAGUACAGCUGAAACAUCACUAUCAAUACAGUUCCCAAUAAAAGACCCACCAUGCAUUUGAAGCCUUUAAAGAUAUUUAAGGCAGCUGUUCUGAUUAACAUGACCAGAGUCUUCUUCACCAAAACAGGAAUUCCAGAAGUGCAAGAGACAUCCCAGCCAGCUCCAGGAAACCCGCUGCAUCUCCAGAACCUUCAAAAGGCUCAAAGCAACACGCAUUAAGGCUUCUGUGCCUUAAUUUGUACAUCCUUAAGUGCUGUAUGGAAGCCACACAUGUCACCCUUUAGCACUAUGUUAAAUUAAUCGCCUGGGGUAUGAUAGUAUAUUACCUGUGCAGUCAUUGUAUGUUUCCUUAAAAGCUAAGAAUCUGUUCUCCAAGAUAGAAAGGUUGUUCUAGGACAAGUAGAUUUAGCUUCUGUAAUACAAAAGCUACAAACAAACACAAAAAAUUGUACCAUGACUACAUACAAACUCACCAGGACUUGUUUCUGGCCAGCAGGGUUUGCAUUAAUACCAAACAUACAGGUAUGAGCAUGACUUAAAGAAAAACAGCCCAAUGGUAGCCAGCACCACAAACUCUGGAUUUACAGAGCAAUAAGACAUUAUGCUAGAUUAUGAUAUCAGGAGGACUCUGUAGAGUAGAAAACUUUGCCCUGAACUCACACCAGCCUUAGAAAGGUUCUCCUAGGUGUGGAACCAAACUGUGUUCAACCACUCUCUU